UUGCUUUGCACGGUCACAUUGCUCCAACGUCACGCCGUCCAGUGGAUGUUGUUGUUUUUAAUAAUUUCGCCUGGAUUUUCAUUAAUUCAACCUUAAAAAUGGUUUUUGUGAAGAAUUGGGAAGAUUUCGAGAUUGCUGCCGAAAAUAUGUACAUGGCGAAUCCCCAGAACUGUCGAUAUACAAUGAAAUACGUACACUCCAAGGGCCACAUACUGCUAAAAAUGACGGACAAUGUAAAGUGUGUGCAGUACAAAGCGGAAAAUAUGCCGGAUCUGAAAAAAAUCGAGAAGAUCACUAGUAAUCUGGUGGGGCACAUGGCCUCCAAGGAAUAAAACCCAAGAAAAACGCAAACUUUUGGCCACGGCGGCACUUCUGACUCGAAGCAACAACAAAAACAUAGCACACAGAGACACUAUAAUAUGUAAAUUAGGCACAAUUGUUGUUGUUUCAUCGGGUCAGGUGUGUGCGUGUGUGUGUGCCAUUAAUACCCGCAACUGAAUUUAGUUUUUAAGCACCAUAAAAAAACUGUCCAGUUUCUAAUGUGGAGAUCAGAGUAGCUGCUUUUAGCCUGCUUUUAAACGACAUUUCAUAAAUGUCUGCUCUGUACACGUUACGAAUGAUCUGCGGAUGGAUAAUAAAAUCGUCCUUUCAAGGGUCGUAAUACAUACCAUCUGCGGACGGCGGUGGUGCAAAAUGUUUUUCAUAAAGUUAACCAUACGAUUUUGUAUUUAUUGUAAAAGUCAAUGGGUCGUACACAUUUCCAUGAAAUGAUUAGAUGUGAAAUAAAUCAAGGGAAUAAUGUAGAACACAACGAACCAAUGGAA